CUAGUAGGAGGGCUUUAUGGAGCAGAAAAACGACAAAGCGAGAAAAAUUAUUUUCCACUCCAGAAAUUAAUGAUCAUGAGCUCUUAUUUGAUGGACUCUAACUACAUCGAUCCGAAAUUUCCUCCAUGCGAGGAAUAUUCGCAAAAUAAUUACAUCCCCGACCACAGUCCGGAAUAUUAUAGCCGGACAAGGGAGUCCAGCUACCAGCAUCACCAUCAAGAGCUGUACCCAGUGCCACGACCCUCCUUCCCCGACCGCCCGUUCAGCUGCGGGGGGCUCCCGGCUCCCGGCAACCCGGCGGCGCUCCAAAGGGGACACGGGCAAACUCCAGGAGGCCAACACCUCUCAGAGAAAGCGCAGCAGCUCUGCGAGCAGGCUGCUCUGUCCACCUCCUCCACCACUCCUUCCCCAGCCCCUCCAGCCUGCAGCCAGCCAAACCCCGAGCAUCCCAACAGCACAGCUUCCAAACAGCCCAUAGUCUAUCCCUGGAUGAAAAAAAUCCACGUCAGUACUG